AUGGCUGAGCCUUUUUCAGAAGUGUUAACCAACGAAGACAUCCGAGUGGUGUUGGAGAGAAGCAUGAAAUCCCAUGCAAAAGUGAAAUCGUAUAGCUUGAAACGUUUAAGCGAAGAGCCUAUCGGGUACUUAGCUGAUCACUUAACUCUCUUGGUAGACUUAGCAGAGGACAAUACCAAAGAAUUGGAUUUGAAGAAUGCAGAAGGUCAUACAUCUGUCGCAAAAGUUGCAAACGAAUCGCAUGACGAGAAUGAAAGACUUUCUUUCUUCGUGAAAAUGCUCCCAGAUAGUAACCCGAGCCUAGCUGAGUAUAUCAAGAAAAUGCAUUGUUUCGGAAAAGAAAUAUUCGUGUACAGCAAGUUGCUACCAUUAUUGCUACAUCAAACCAAAGGCAUCGGAGUGGUUGUGGCUAAUUCAUAUCUCACGAAACAGGAAAAACUAAUUGUUUUAGAUGAUUUGAAACACGAAGGCUACAGCAUGAUGAUCAACAGUGGAACGACAUUGCUAAAUCAGGAUCACAUUGAGACGGCUUUGAAAACAAUCGCAAAAUUGCACGCAUUGUCGAUUAUAUACGAAGAACGUACGGGAGUAUCUUUAUCCGAGCUGUCGAUAAAUCUUGCUGAAAACGGUACCAAUAUGCUGGAGGAGAAUGUGUACAUCAAUAGUGCAACGUACGUACGUACGACGAAUUUAGAAAAUUGCAUACAGGUUAUGUGCGAGGUAGCCAAGAGAAUCGACAAGUAUCGUAAUUCCCAGUGCAUUGAGUCCAUCUUAGAACGAAUUCCAGCGCUGGUACGGCGGAUUUACGAUUUAGCUCAACCAUCAAAAGUGUUUCGAAAUGUGCUGAAUCAUGGGGAUUUGUGGUGUAACAACAUAAUGUUUAAGUAUGACACGAUGGUUAAUGGCACAAACACAGCUUUUCCCAUCGAUGCAAAGUUAGUAGAUUUUCAGUUUUCCCGCAUCGCACCACCUGCCUACGAUGUAAUGGCGCUCAUUAUGAUAUCGACUCUGAGCGAUUUUAGAGAACCUCUUUUAGAGCGAUGGAAAAAUUUAUAUUACGACAGUUUGGCAUCGUAUCUGGCAUUAAAUGACCUGGAUGCGGAAGAACUUCUUCCGCGAUCUGUGUUCCUUGAGUCCUGUGUGCACUAUCAUUUGGCAGGAUUGAUAGAAAGCUGUAUGUAUUUCCAUUGGCCACCGGAGCAGGAUUGUUACGAGAAAAGUGAUGUAGAUAACGAUGAAGAUUGUAAACCAAAUUCCGCCGUAUUUGUGCGUGCUAGCAUGCGAGGGUUUGAAAAAUACGAACAGUAUCGUCUACGAAUCAGUGAUAUGGUUACGCAAAUUGUUGACAAUUACGUGUUAUAAAAAUAAAUAUUCUUUCAAAAUAGUCAGAGAGUCAGAGAUGAGUAAGAAAGGGCAUUUUUAAGGAAAUUGUUUAUGAAUCCACUUAGAACAGUUGAUAGCUUUGUACAUUCGACAAAUUAUACGAUAUAUUGUGCGUACGCAUAAGCUUGGAUACAUGGUUUGUGGAGGUAAGAAUAAAUGUGUAUAUUUUUGGAAGGUAAACACAUAUCUUACGAGGGCGUCUGGUAUUAUUUUAUUAAAGAGCUUAUUAUUUGACCCUUCUUAUCGUUAGUGUCGAAGCACAGUGGUAUAAACACGCACUUAAAAAUGCUCGCCCUAACAUCUUGAGUGCCGCGUCACCCAAAAAGUAGGUGACGGCAAAUUUUCAAUAACACCAUGUCACCCAUUUUUGGGUGUUGAGAAAAACGCUUGAAUUUAAAAUGCAAUUUUUUUAAUAUUUAAAACAGCUAUUAUUCUUAAAUAUCCAAUUUAUGACAAAACAGAAAUACGAAUGAACGUAAAGAAAGC